AUGAAUAGCCUUGAUCUAUACCAAUUUAUUGAUUUUUGAUUUUUUUUAAAAAUAUAUUUUUUUUUAAAUAAAAUCUCUAAUAGGUCAUACAACUUUCAGCCACUCAGUUUUGAAGUCUCUUACCUUGAAUUUAUCAAGUGCGCAACAAAUCGAUGCGACAGCUAACAGAAAAGGAGGCUGAAAGGACAGAAGGUUAUGUAAAUAGCAGAGCGCUGCGUAUGAGUCUGCACUUUCGGCAAUACUUGAAUAAUCGAAGUCUCCACAGGUGCAGGCCAGCAAGUGCCUUAUAA